UGCUGCACGAGGCGGCCGGUACUGAUGCCCACUGCCUUCGUGGCCCUCGGCCCUUGGCCCUCGACCCUCGUCCACCCUCUCAAGCCCCUUCCUUCUUGCGACCUUUACUCGGACAUAGGAGCACGCUAUUCUCGUGGCGAAGCCAACUCUUCUCCCCGCGCCACAUCUCAGAACCUGAAGCAAAGUUUGCAUGUUCCUGACAGACCCCUGAGCUCCACCUCUUCUGUAUAUGUACUCGAAGUAGCGACACUGUGGCCCCAAACCCCUUCGGUUUCACAUCCGUACCAUCUUCCAUCACUACCUCCUUCCCUACUCCACCUCGCCUCGCCGCCAUGGUCCGGUUCUUCAAGACCCACGCCGAGGCAACCGAGCCACAGGACCUCCCCGCCGACCAGCCCCACGGCGUCACCUCUGUGGGACGUUCCCAGAACGCCUGGCAGUGGCUUAUCGGCUACAACAAUGUCGAGGCCAACCGAAUUGGCGUCCCCAUGGUCAGCGUGCCCGACUACUUCGAAGGCUGGUUCUCCAACCCUGGUUCCAAGGUCUCCACCUAUCUAGGUUCAUUGUUCCCCUUCACCAGAUGGAUCGGAUCUUACAACUUGUCAUGGGCCUUCGGUGACUGCAUUGCCGGUCUUACCGUCGCCCUCGUCCUCGUACCUCAGUCCAUGUCCUACGCAAUCGUCGCAACUCUACCUGCCGAGUACGGUCUCUACUCGUCCUUUGUCGGUGUCAUGAUCUACGCCUUCUUCGCUACCUCCAAGGAUGUCACCAUUGGUCCAGUCGCCGUCAUGUCCCUACAGGUCGCCAACGUCAUCGUCUCGGUGACAAAACAGAGCAACGAGUGGAGUGGCCCUGUCAUUGCUUCGGCACUGGCAUUCCUCUGCGGUGUCGUCACCCUCGGUAUCGGCUUGCUGCGACUUGGCUGGCUUGUCGAAUUCAUUCCCGCGCCGGCAGUCAGUGGCUUCAUGACAGGGAGCGCCUUCACCAUUGCCGCUGGUCAGGUCAAGACCCUCAUGGGCAUUACCAAUGUCUCGACCACCGGAGUACCUUGCUACUUGGUCAUCAUCAAUACACUCAAGGGACUGCCUCGAACCCACAUCGAUGCGGCCUUUGGAUUCGUUGCCCUCUUUGCCCUUUACGCAAUCCGUUCGGCCUGCAUUCAUAUCCCUCGACGAUACCCCAAGCUUGCACGUCCUUGCUUCUUCAUCUCCGUCUUCCGAAAUGCCUUUGUCCUCAUCGUCCUCACCAUCGCGUCGAGGCUCUACUGUGGUCCCCACGGCCCCAAGGGACCCUACCCAAUCUCCAUUCUGAAGACUGUCCCCUCUGGAUUCCAGCACGUGGGUCGACCCAACCUCAACACCGGCCUCUUCAGUGCCAUGGGUAGCCAAUUGCCAGUCUCCGUCAUCAUUCUGCUCCUUGAGCACAUUGCCAUCGCCAAGUCCUUCGGUCGAUUGAACAACUACAAGAUCAACCCCAAUCAAGAACUUCUGGCUAUUGGUGUCACCAACUUGGUCGGACCUUGCUUCGGAGCUUACCCGGCCACUGGUUCUUUCUCGCGUAGUGCCAUCAAGGCCAAGUCCGGUGUACGAACCCCUCUCGCUGGAUGGCUCACUGGUAUCUUGGUCCUCAUCUCGAUCUAUGCUCUCACGGGUGUCUUCUACUGGAUCCCAAGUGCCGGUCUCUCAGCUGUCAUCAUCCACGCUGUCGGUGACCUGAUUGCUUCCCCACGCGUCAUCGCCCAGUUCUGGUAUGUCAGUCCUCUGGAGUGUCUCAUUUUCGCUGCGGCCGUCAUCGCCUCGAUCUUCGACACCCUGGAGGUCGGUGUGUACGUCUCCGUUGGCGCUUCCCUCGCUCUUCUCCUGAUCCGCAUUGCGCACCCUCGUGGUCGCUGGCUGGGCAAGGUCACUAUCCACCACGGCGACUCGCCCACUGUUACUGUUGCCGACGGAGAGGCUGUUCGUGAGGUCUUCGUUCCCCUCGAUGACAAGGACGGUUUGCGAGACCCUUCUAUUCGCGUAGAGGCACCCCCGGCAGGUGUAUUCAUCUACCGAUUCGAAGAGUCGUUCACCUACCCCAACGCUUCUCAUCUUGCCGACCUGAUCGUCGACUACAUCAAGACGCAUACACGACCAGGUAGCACACAGAUUUACAAGAAGCCUGGCGACCGGCCAUGGAACGACCCUGGACCGAUCAACCCCUACUUGGGCAGGGUGCUGCGACCCUUCACCUUCGGCAGCGCCAAGCGCAAGCUUACCGACAAGAUCGACGAGUCCAGCGCAGAGGUUGAGCAUGACCCUCGCCCUCUGCUCAAGUCACUCAUCCUCGACUUUGGUGCCGUCAGCAACGUCGAUACGACUUCAGUUCAGACUCUCGUCGACAUCCGUGUUUCGCUUGAGCGCUACGCCAAUGGCCCUGUCGAGUUCCACUUUGCAAGCAUCUUGUCACCCUGGAUCCGACGAGGUCUUCUGGCUGGUGGAUUCGGUACCGGUGCUUCUUCUCGACACAUCACCGAGAUUGCACCCGUCGUGCUCAGCGACCCGCACAACAAGGAGGAAGCCAAUCUUGCACAGAUUCACGCGUACGCCAGGCGGUAUCCAAGCUAUUCCAAGCAGGACUCUGAAUUUGAGGCCGUGCACAAGCUGGAACAGAGGAGACAAGGAGGCACUCCGUCCGACAGCCAAUCGGCGUCGUCGGACAACAAAGACCGUCUUGCAGAGGAGGGCAUCCCCGUCGCUGGCUCGCAUUCUUCUGCACCUAUCAUGUGGGGUCAGGAUCUCACUCCCUUCUUCCACCUGGAUCUCUCCGCCGCUCUCGCCUCUGCUGUCACCGACAAAUCUCGUGCUAGGGACUACUAGACACUCUCUGCUUGUGCAACAUCGGCUCUCGCUGAUGCUUCAUGUUCAUCUUUUCCUUGUCGUCAUGUUCUGAAGGCGUAAUAGAUGCCUGUCACUCCAAAUUUGUACAAUUCUUGGUCCCACACUCGUCACCUUUUUUGCCUCUCUCAUGCCUACAUUGGUCUCUCUCUAACUCUCUCGCUCACUAAAAGCUUUGACCGCACUUUUGCUUGGUCGCAAUGAUAUAUUCGCUACACA